UCCCCAUCCAUGCCCCAUGUUCCCUCCACCACCCGCUUGUCCCCCGUCUCCGCCAGCUCUUUCCUUCCUCACAUCACAGCCGGCUAUCUUCAAUAUCCCUUCACCUCGUUGCCGCCUCCGCGUGUCGGCCCCAAUUCCUCACCACAACCUGGAAACUCUCCGAUUUUCACACGACCUCUCAUUUCUUCCCGGCGCACGCUGCUCAAGCUCGCAGCACCUGGUGCGAAAUACCUUGAAACAGAUCAUAGCCUCCACUGCUGGGCGAGAGUCGCUGGCAUGAUUGCAGCUGUUGCACGCAAUUUUGAACCGACAAAACAGAGCAACUGCGCGUGUAGUUCUUACCAUAACUUCACUUCCGGCGCCCCAUGUUCUAAUACACAAUCCCACCACGAUUAA